AUCUGUUAAAUCUAAUGAUUUGACAUUUAGAAAGGAAAAAACAGUGCGUGAAGGUUACGAUUUUAAUGGAUGUGAAGAAAUUGAUCUUAUAGCAAAAUAUUUGGAAAUGACCGCUAUACCACAUGAUGCCUAUUACUUUACCAUUCACAAAAGACUUUUUACUUUACAACUUGAAGAUUUUUGGGAUAAUAAUCUAAAUUUAUUUAGGUAUACUGAUGAAGAGUCUAAUGAUAAUAAUAAUUCAACUAUUUCUCAAAAUAUAAACUAUGUAGUAUCUAAGUUAUCAAGUCAAGAGAAAUCUGAUUUAUCAGAUUUAGAUAUUAUAGUAUCUAUACCUUUAUUAGAAAAAAAUUAUAAAACCUGUCAAGUAAUUGUAAAACAUAUUCAAAAAUUACCUGAUAUUUUAUGA